AUGGAUUGGAAUAAUAAUAAUGUUAAUCAAUAUUUUGAUAUUCAGUGUAAUUCAUUCUUGGGUAUACAUUACUUUCAGAGGAACCAACAGCAACUAGAUAAACUAAUUAGUCAUCGAGAUUCGAUUUCAUUCAACGAUGAGAGUGCAACUAUAAUCAAUGGUAUCAAUGCAGAGAUAGUAUCGAUAUUGAUGAGACAGUUGGAUCAUCUGCGAUGUUCAUUGGCCACCUGCGAUAUGAAAGAUAGCUAUUCGCCAUCGACACAACCCACCACCUCGCGACAGAGUAUACCUAUCUCCAGUAUCGUCAAUACCGAGCAGAUUCAGAUCAGUCGCGACUCCAUUAGAAACAGCGUCAAUAGAAAAGCGGUGAAAUCACUGCUGAGGCGAUACAACUCAUUGCUCGACGAUGAACUGCUUAGACAACAGAACGUUGCAAUGAACGAGAUGAAGCUGGCAUAUAAAGAUAGACCGUUUCUACAUUCGAUAGACGAUGCAUUCAAACUGUUCAACACUAAUCAAGUUUCACAGACAAUCAAUGAGAUAAAUAGAUUAUAUAAUGAUAGACAAAUACCUAUGCCAACACCACCUUCAAUACAAACACAAACACCAACAAGCAUUCCUACUUCUACUUCCUCUACUUCAGCAAUAGCAACAACACAACAAACAUACCAACAACAACAAUUUAAUAAUAAUAAUAAUGAUGAUGAUAAUAAUAAUAGAUAUCAAGUUAAACAACAGCAACAACAACAACAAUCAAUUCCAACAUUUAGAGCACCAAUUGCAAAACCAUCAUUUUCAAAUGUAAAUAAGGCACCUGCAUCGUUACCACCAAAGACAAUCGAUUUAGAUGAUGAAAUGGAUACUACACCUUUAGAGAAUUCAUUUAAAUCUGCAAAAGAUCAAUUUAUAACGGAUCAAGAGAAGAAGAACAAGUUAAACAAUCAAAGAGCUGCACCGAAUCCUAUAAAGUCAAACGUUGGAAAAGUGGCAGGUGGAAAGAGAAAAGGUUUUAUUUCACCGUAUAAGCAAGAUGAAGAAGAAGAAGAACAGGUAGUAGAGCAACCAAAGAAAGUAGUAAAAGGAAAACCAACAACAGCAACCGGUGGUGGAAAUGGAAGUGGUGGUGGAAGUGCUGCCACUAGUAAGAACGAUGAGACAAAUCCAAGUGGUAUCGAUAAUGUCAAUGGUAUUCCACUGGACGACGAACGACUGAGAAACGUAGAGCCGAGAAUGUUGGAGUUGAUUUGCAAUGAGAUUCUCGAUAAGAAACUCUCGGUCUCGUGGGAUGACAUUGCCGGUUUGGAGGGUGUAAAGAAACAGAUUAAGGAGCUUGCUACCUACCCGUUGUUGAGACCCGACAUCUUCAAAGGACUGCGUAAUCCACCGAAAGGUCUUCUUUUGUUUGGUCCACCUGGAACCGGUAAGACUAUGAUUGGUCGUGCCAUUGCCAGUGGCGUCAAUGCCACUUUCUUUAGUAUUUCCGCUAGUUCGCUCACGAGCAAGUGGAUCGGUGACGGUGAGAAGAUGGUUCGUGCUCUUUUCGCUGUUGCCAGAUGCUAUUUGCCAUCGGUUAUAUUCAUCGAUGAAAUCGAUUCACUUUUAACGCAGAGAACCGACGGUGAGAAUGAAGCAUCGCGUAGAAUAAAGACAGAGUUCUUGGUGCAGUGGGAUGGUGUCGCUACAAACUCGGCCGAUCGUAUGUUGUUGGUGGGAGCGACCAACCGACCUGAAGAGCUGGACGAAGCUGCCAGACGUCGUUUAGUAAAGAGAUUGUAUAUUCCGUUGCCAGAGAAAAUUGCACGUUAUCAAUUGGUGAAACAACUGUUGUCGAACGAGGAUAAAGAUAUGUCUGAGGAUGACUAUGAUCAAGUUGCAGAGCUCACUGAAGGUUACUCUGGUUCCGACAUGAAAGCACUUUGCACAGAGGCAGCUAUGAUUCCCAUAAGAGGAGAGAUCGAUAUUCUCAACGCAACGACUGAUGCUAUUCGACCGAUUGCACUUUGUGAUUUCAAGGCGGCUUUAUCAUCAAUGAAACCGAGCGUUGCCCAAAGUGAACUCAAAAAUUAUUUAGAAUGGAAUAAACAAUUUGGAGGUGCAACUUCCUAA